AUGCAAAAGAAGCGUUCAAGCCAGAAGCGAAAGGGGGAGGAAGAUAAUGGUGGUGAGAAUGUGAAGCGUGUAAAGGAAGAGAAGGAAGAGUCGAUAGAGAGUAGGUUUAGUUGGGAUACGUGGUUUUAUCUUGCUGUAGAUAAGACAACGAACGAUAUUGUGGCUCCUUGGUGGAAUGUGCCUUACGAAGAGCAAACGUCUCGAAAGGAGAAAGAGAUGCGCCAAGUGUUAAAGCGCUGCAACAGACGAAUCAACCGAAAGGACCAUGAGAAGGAGAAGAAGAAGAAGACAGGCCGCGCUGGCACGGUCGACCAGCCGUGUCGUGAUUUUAUGAGCAAGGGAAGCUGCAUGUAUGGAGAUCGCUGCAAAUACAUUCAUCUUACGCUGGACGAAUAUGAAGAACGCUUGAAGAAGGAGCAGGAAGCGAAAGAAAAAACGGUUGAAGAAACAACCGAAUCGAAAAUGACUGAAGAAACCACCGAAUCGAAAACGGUGGAGGAAACCACCGAAUCGAAAACGGUGGAGGAAACCACCGAAUCGAAAAUGACGGAGGAAAAAACAAGCCAGGAGGCUUGCGCGAAUGCUGCUAAGGAGAACUCUCCCACCUCAUCCGAACAGCCCGCAAAAGAAGCUUCGGACAGCGAGGACUACGAGAAGGCGGACGAGGACGAAGGACAAAUCUGCUCCAUGCUACCCAUUCUGACGCACUCGAAAGUCGAAGGCUACCGCAAUAAAUGCACCUUCACCAUCGGAAAAGAUCGAAACGGCGCGCCGUGCAUCGGAUUCCGCAUGGGCAGCUUCAUUAACGGCAACGUGAUCAUCGGCCCCAUCGAGUAUGCUCGCUCUCCCUUCCUCACCUUCAGCGACGUCGUCGUCGUCUCUCCGCUGAUGAAGCAGGUCGUCAAGCGCGUGGAAGCCUUCAUCGUCUCGAAGUCGUACCAAACGUACGACAUGUGCCAGCAUCUCGGAUUCUGGAGAUCGCUCCUGCUCCGCUACUCCGAGCGAACCAACCAGCUUUUGAUUCUCGUCGUUGUGGGCAAUCCCUACGAGCGAUCGCUCCCGAAGGCGCAGGAAGCGCUCGCCAAACUCACCGACGCGACGCGGAGCGAAAUCGACGGCGUGAUGAAGGAGUUGCUCGCGUUUUUCUCUUUUAGAUUCACCGGACUCUCCAUGCCUGGCUCUGAUUGUCCCAUCGUCACGCUGAAAGGCGAGCCCUUCAUCGAAGAGCGGCUCUUCGAUCUCUCCUUCCGCGUGUCUCCCUACGCGUUCUUCCAGGUCAACACGCCGGUCGCGGAAGUGCUCUACAAGAACAUCGGCGACUGGCUUUCUCUCCACGAGAACACGCUCCUCCUCGAUGUGUGCUGCGGAACGGGAACUAUUGGACUCUGCCUUGCGAGCCGCGUCAAAUUCCUCAUCGGCGUGGACAUCGAGGCUUCGGCGAUCGAGGAUGCCCGGCUGAAUGCAGAGGCGAAUGGAAUUAAAAACUGCGAGUUCAUCUGCUCUCCCGCAGAGAAAGUGAUGGCUGAUUUGCUGAAGCGAGAAGACAUCCGACGUUUGGAUGGUUCGGUUGCAUUAGUGGUAGAGUAUGACCAUAUCGUCGUGAUUGUGGACCCUCCACGAAGUGGUUUGCACAAGGAUAUCAUUCCUGCUUGUCGAAAAUGCACGGCAAUAACCGAACUAAUCUACGUAUCGUGUAACCCGACGGGCUCGUUUGUCGAAAAUACAGGUAGUUUGUGUGUCGAGCAUUUUGAUUUCGUAGUUACUCUGUGUUGCCAGCCCAAUCGCCGGUUACCAGGCGACCCGUUUGUAGCCAUAAAAUCUCAGCCAGUGGACUUGUUCCCUUUUACGGAACAUUGCGAAUUGAUGACCUUAUUUGCACACAUGUAA